AUCUCAUGUUUUCCCUGAACGAAUGGCGCCACUUACACCAGUCACGUUGUCUGGCGACAACCUGGGCCAACGUCACCGACACCUCAACAGCUUAGUGCGCGAGGCUCAUGAGAGCGGAGCCAAGUUCCCUGAUGUGGAGGCUCUGCCCGAACUGUCUCCGCUCGACCGACUCUUCAAGAUAGACCUCGCCGUCAAACUGCAACAUGUGCACUACAUAAUACAUAACCUGAAACACGACGACAUGCUGUACGUGAGCAGAGCCCUGAGAGCGACCUGGCUAGUACACCACCAGGACAUCAUUAACCCCAAACACUUGGAACACGUUCUCUUCCCAGAGAUGGUGGCGCCGGCGGUCACCAGAAUGAAACACUGGCUCUACAUCAACCUGCGAGAGCCAGCAAUGUGCCAGCAGUUCUAUCAGCACUACAAACCGGAUUCCUUUGACUAUGCCAUAAAGUUCCUUAACCACUGCAACCAAGACUUCAUACUGGAGGAGGUUCCCAACAUACUGGCAAAGAUAUCCUGUCAUUAUUUGAAGGUACUGUGUGAGAAAUGUCCUCGAGUUGCUAAAAUAUACUUUGAUGCGUUGGCGACGGAUGAUGAUGUGAAAGCGCGCUAUCUCGCACAAGAGAAGGCCUACUACAACAGCGUGAAGUGCGUGCUGAAGUCGGACGCCGAUGUGUUCCUCGACAUCACGGAGAAGUAUUUCAACAUGAACAGCUUCAGUCGCCUCAGUCCAUCGGCGACAGACUACAUCGUGAGCUGUCACAAAGCUAGAUUGUGGAACAAGUUGGAGCUGUAUGCGGCGUAUAUCCUGCACAUCCCGAGCCUCGCCGCUCGGCUCAGUGUCGAGGAGUGUCAGGCAGUAGUGCUGCAGCUCGCUCGGGCAAGCUACCUGCAGUAUAGGUUUAGUUAUAAGGCCGUGGAGCCGCUGAUCAAGCGACUCAGUCCCGACAAGAGAGCCGCAUUCAAGAAACGAGUGUUCGUGGAGAAGGAUGUGGGAGAGUCUGUGCCGGACUGGCCGUAUCCCACGCCGGAGCCCCCACCGCUGGUCGACUCUGAUCCCAAUGUCUUCGAUGACGAAGACUUAAGGCCAGUCUGUAGAAUGAACGAUAUGAUGUUCCCAGAAGCACUACGAAUGGGAAUGUCAAUGAAAUGUGCUGCCUAUGCAUGCCGAGCAGAGUAUGCUGAAGACUACGAAUGUAUAAUACGAGUGAAAACCGAUUUGGAUCGCCUGUUCGAUGAAUUUCGUUUUAGUAGUUUUGAUCGUACUUUGCAUGAGUUAAGUCAGCGACUGGGUGCGACCGGUUCGGCAGACAGGCGGCGCGAUAUUUUCCUUGUGUUGGUCAGCAAAAGCGGAGGUCGUACUGAUGCGGUGACGGCGCUGCUGCAGCUCGCCGUGCGUCACAUCAAUGAGCCGUCACACUCGCGCGCCUCUAUACUGCGCAGUCUCGUGAAGCGCGCCAACGUGUGGCGUCUGCCUGCUGACGUCUGGCAACUUUUGCUGGAGUUCGGCCAUGGUCUCGGAUUCGACGGCGGACCUCCCGAAGCUGCGUGCCGUGAGGGGCUGCAUGCCGUUGUGAUUCGCCAAUUACUAGCUGGCGAAUGUAAACAAGCUGUCCGCGUCGCAUUUUUGAACGACUUUUCCACGCUGACAGAAUAUUCCCUGAAGAAGGACGAACGAGAGCGUGUUACCGUCGGUCUUCAGAACAUGUUAGCAGCUUCAGCUGCAGAAGCAGAACCAAAAGUAGCCGCAGAACGGCUCGGUCAGCUGCUAGAUGUCUUGAAAACAUACCGCGUUCGCGUGAAGUCCAAUUCGCCAGUGGUGGAAGCAGUGGUAGCGUUAGCCAAGCGGGAUGCGGACCUAGCGCGUCCAUUACUAGAACGUCUUUAUAACGCUCACAUUGCGAGGCGCGAACUACUGCGACAUAACAUGGAGUUCAGACGAGACGAAGCAGCACUGGUGAACUCUCUGAGACAUGAUCCGUCUGCUCUCGAAGUGAAACAAGUUGUGGAUAUAUUGUCGGAUCGUAAGACUAGGUUCAAUAAAUUUGCCUCAAAACUAGUUGUAUACUAUGAUCAGAAACAUGACGUUACGGCGUUGCUCCGCAUCGCAUUAAAAGAGAAGAUGAUGAAUGAAGAUGGAAAAGAACAGAAUAUAACGUUGGCACGUGUGCUGGCAAGUAUACUGGGAGCUAACUUGCAGGCGACAAUACAUGAGUGUGACGCUGAGGGCAAGGACCGUGUGAGGCUCGCGGCAGCGCUAAGGGCGUGCGCACACCGCGCCCGGCCUGCCAUCAACUUGGCGGAGUGGGGCUGGCGCAAGGCUGGUGUGAAAGCUGUCGCGACGCUCGCGAUGCGCUGUCGGGAAGCAGAGAGAGCCUCGCUAACUCGUGCGCUAGCGGCCGAGCGGCGCACGGUGAGAGUAGCCUUAGCGCUCAGCAUGCGCUCUGCGGGCGGCGCAGUGCUCGACACUUUCGCGGCAGCAGUCAAGCUGCGGCCGGCAGUCGCGCUGCGAGUAGCGUUGCUGUACUUCCGACGCGCAGGAGCUGGCGCUGACUUCAGGGUGUGGGAUACGGUCAAACCCCUGCUCUCCAGUAUCGACCUGGCACCACGCGAGAGGCUCCGUCGAUUACUUAGAAACACUGACUGGCUGCCUUCCUGUAUCAAACCCGACUACUGCGUUACUUUAUAUUUUCCACUGAAGAAAGUAUCUUAUUCUGGCGCCGACCGAAUACUCAUUGAAAUCGCUAAACUUCUCCCCGACAGCGGCGAGUCCGUCGAAAAGAUAUUGCUUGAGAUGCUCGACAAUACUGACACACAUGUUCCGGCGGUACCCUUCCCUGGACUUUAUAUCAGGUACUUGAUGCUCUCCAAGAGUGAUGAGGACUUGGAAAAAAGAUUCACGACGAUAGGAAAUAGAUUAUUAGAACAGUUGGAGGCUCUGCGUUGUAAAGGAAACAAGGGGAUAGGUGAGGACUCCGAUUUCAAGUACAGACUGGUUCAGAUUUUUGAAAGCUUAAAAUAUAACGCCGCGUUCUUAAACACUGACUACCCAUGUUGUUUGUCAGUCGUAGAGAGGAUCUUAACCUGGAUGAGGACAUUCAUGCCGAAACAGGAAUACUUCGACAAGUACGUGCAGGUGCAUCUGACAAUGUUGUACUAUAGAGCGGUGAGGCAGAGCAUGAAACAGAUGCCGGACGUGUUCGCUGAUGCGAAGCGGAAGAAGUCGGAGGGCGUGGAGGCUGUGGGCUUCGUCCUCGGGAGGUACAUAGUGAAGGAGGUGGCCCAGCUUGUGGAAACAUACUUCGACUCCAUAAUAGAGCUGUAUUCUGGUGCUCUGGCCAAUUACUUGGAUAAUCAAUUUAGGUUCGGUUAUUCAAGGUCGAGGUUUAAUGGGGCCGUUUUGAAGGGCAUGUUGGCAGAGGGGAAGGACAGUCAGCGAAGAAUUGUCGUCUACGUGCUGAGGAACUGUCAAUACGAUGUGGACAAAGAGAUGACAAAAGAGAUAAAAGAGCAGCUGAAGAACGAUAAAGUUAAUGAAAUAUUUGUGCAAGCUUUGAUUGACGAUUAGAGUUUUUCAUUUUUUAAUUCAUACGUAUUUAGGUCUUCAAUUAGAACCACUGUUUUUUUUUUGUGCAUCACGAGAGCUUAUAAGUGUAACGUUAAAUCUGCAAAACCUCAAGCGCCCCAGACGUUUUUUUAACGACUUCAAAAAAAGGAGGUUCUCAAGCGAUCUGUUUUAUUGGCUUUCGUAAGUCUGAAGAAAGCGUUUUGAUUCAGUUUCCAAAAUCCUCAGAAAAAAGAUAAUAAAUAUAAACAGACUGGGAUUUUUAUGAAGAAGUUUUGAAAGAUUAGAAAGUAGUUUUAAUUGAUUCUGCAUUAUUUUCUGACCAAACUAUUCAUAUACUGCGCAUUAACUUUUCAAACUGCGUUAAAGUAAAACUUGUAGGUAUUUAGAUCGUACAUGUGAAAUGUGAUAUUAUGAACAUUACAUUUGGUUUUGCUUAAUCUUUGGCUUUUUAGUGAUUAAAAUAUAUUUUCAAUCUUACAAAUAAAUAAAAGUACAAAAGAUUUAAUAGAAAUUGCCUGCUACAGUAUUAAAAAGGAUGAGUUGUAAUAUUCGUAAUUUGUUUCGAAACAUACCUAUCUUCCCCACUAUUUUACAAUAUUUUUGUAAACAGUAUUUGGUUCUUCUAAGAGAUAAUGUAUAUUUUGUUACUAUUUAUAUUCAGUUGUUGACAACGUGAGAUGAGGCGAUAUUGUUAACUUAUAUAAGUUAAAAUAUUGAGUAAACCUUUUUUUUCCUACUAACAACUGUUAACCACUUUUUUAAUAAAAAAAUUUUAACCAAA